UGUUGGUGUAACCUGAGCAAAAUCAUUUGAAGAAAAAAAGUGAGAGAGAGAAAGAAAAGAAAGAACUGCUGCUGAAAACUACAUCAUAGAAUUUGGUCUAAGCCAAACUCACCUAGAAAUACUUGUUUUUAUCCAAAAUUUUUCCAUUCCUCCUAGUUUCUUUACCAGCUUGCAUCCAUGGAGUUUCCGAAUCAAGCACUGGAGGGAUCUUCGCAGAGGAAAAUCGGAAGAGGAAAAAUCGAAAUUAAGCGGAUCGAAAACACAACAAAUCGGCAAGUCACCUUCUGCAAGCGCCGCAACGGUUUGCUAAAGAAAGCCUAUGAACUAUCUGUUCUUUGUGAUGCUGAAGUUGCACUCAUCGUCUUCUCCAGUCGUGGCCGCCUCUAUGAGUAUUCUAACAACAGUGUUAGAGGAACAAUUAACAGGUACAAGAAAGUGUCUACUGAGUCCUCCAACCCGGGAUCUGUUGCUGAACUUAAUGCGCAGUUUUACCAGCAAGAAUCAUCCAAACUUCGAAGACAGAUCCGAGAAAUCCAAAAUCUGAACAGGCAUAUAGUGGGUGAAGCACUUAGCUCAAUGACCUUUAAGGAACUCAAGAACCUGGAGGGAAGAUUGGAGAAAGGAAUCACAAGAGUUAGAACCAAAAAGAAUGAAAUGCUCCUUGCUGAGAUCGAGUUCAUGCAAAAGAGGGAAGUUGAGCUGCAAAAUGAGAACAAUUACCUGCGAGCAAAGAUAGCUGAAAAUGAGAGAGCACAGCAGCAGCAAGGAACAAACUUGAUGCCAGAAACUGUGUACGAGUCCGUGUCCUCACAAACAUAUGAUCGGAACUACCUCCCAGCAAACCUUCUGGAAUCCAAUCAUCAUUACUCUCGCUAAGACCAGACUUCUCUCUAACCAGUUUGACCUAGCCUGAAGGAAGAAAACUGGUGUUAUAUUGUAUCCCUGCCUUUCCUAUGUCUGGUUGAAAUUUUAAUUUGUGUAUUACUGAAAAGCAGUUUGUCCCAGUUCAAAUAAUUAGUGCUAUUUAGAGUUUUCUCCACAAGUCAUAAAUUUGUGUUACUAGAAACGUAUUCCAGUUGUAUGUUCCUGCAAAUACUACGAUAACAUAGUGAGCUUGAAACUUGCUUACGCUGCAUAUUUUGCUGCUCAUUGCAUGUGUGUGUGUGUCUGCAUGCAAAUGCAAAGUUCAAGGUCUUUUUACAAAUAUCACCUUGUGUUUUCAAUGUAUUUUUAUCUGUGGCAAUGAAAACUUCAAUAAUAUUAAAAUCUGCCACUGAUUCUCUGUAGACUAAUUUUGGCAGUGUUAUUGGGCCCCAGUAAGUAUGUAGACGAUUUCCAAAAAUAUUAUUCAGUUUACUUAUGCUUGUUCAUAAA